AUGCUCUUGAGGUCAUUAAAUUUUGGUCCUGUUGCUUUCUCAUCUGUCUCGGACAAACUCUCUCUGCAUUUAGAGUACGAGGUUGUUAUUAGACUACCGUCUGGAAAGCUGGAGACCUUGUCGGUGGACGAGUGUCUGAAAGCGUUGACAUCGGGGGAAAUAUGGGUCGCCAGUGGGAAUCCAUGUCGCGUUGAUUUCGUUAUUGAUCUCGAUGGCAAAGAAUCGUUUGGAGCUAAUAAUAAUCAUAUCAUCGAGUUGUUGGGUAAGUUCGUCGCAGAGUCAAAGAUAUGGGAACAGCUGGGAUUAUCCGCAAUACUUCACUUGCAAAAUGAACCACUACAGAAGAACAAUCUUUCUCUUCAGCUAAACAAUAAAGAACCUUUAGAUUCACCGGUUCUCGACGUUCGACCUUGGUCAUGCACAACUACCGAUAUUAGGAUACCGGACGCACAACUCUGCGCUCAGAUGGAACAGCUAAAAGUGCUCUUAUCAUUUCGACAUAUAUCUGGAGGGAUUCAAACUUCAAAAAGACGGAAACCAUUGCCCCUAGAUUCGGUGGUCGGCAAAGGGUCCUCUCAGAUAUUGAAGAUCGCGCAGUCAGGCAUGCCAAAAAAAUCUUUGGUUAUCAAAUUUGGCCCCAGUGAGAACAUAUCGUCACUCCUGGAAAGGUAUUCCAACUCUAGGGAACGAUUUCACACUACUCAAGCAAGCGUACCCAGCACAUCAUCAACCAUUCAAGUUGGCUCCAAAGUAGAAAUUUCCAAACUCUUGAAAGAAUGUUCUGAGAGUUUAUACUCGAGUAUCACAUUACAUGCUAUACCUGCUUUAUCUCAAUUGAGCUCUUUCAUAAGUUCGGGUCCAUUCUCCCAAUUCCCAUCCACUUCUAGAUAUGUGACUCCUUCGAGUAAUUCUCGUAAGAGGGUGAAAAGGGCUCCUAAAAUUUCACGGAGAGUGGAAACUAGUUCUUUAAUCAAGCAAGACGAUGCUUCCACGUCACCAGAAGAUGUAGCUUUUGACGAAAUGCUGCUUCUAUCCAGCGACGAAAGACAUUGUGCUCGAACCUCGAAUAACAACUCAUCGAAUUCCCCCACUAUCGGAACUGUUUCCCAAAGACGCAGCGCAACUCUCAAUUCUCAAGAUGAAGCAUACGUACUUGAUCCUACAGCGUCAUGCAAGCUCGUUACUGCGGCGAUACAUGUUAUGAUUGCUGGAAUCGAUGGUAGACAGAGAACAACAAAGGGGGUAAAGAUUGACAAUAUCUCAAACAUAUCAGCUAUUUCUCUGACAGCCUUGAGUCCUGUCAUUUUUUCUCCGGGUUUCAAGAAGUCGGUAGCUCAUAAUUCUCGCUACACUCCUAGGAUCAUUCAAAUGAUGACCUCAUUGGCACGCAAUGCCCAAACACCAGGCCUACGACAAAAACUUGAGCAGAUUGCAAACAUGGCGACCUCUGAAUUUGUCAACGUAAAAACUGAUGAAGAAAUACAUGGUGAGCUAGGCUCUGAGAAAAGGCUGACAGCCGUGGUGCAAUCUCGACUAUGGUCAAUGAUGCAACGAACAUUACAUGAUCUAUCAGCUGCUCGCCAGAUUAUCAACAAACGUUCGACUUCAGAGAAUGUUGUUAUGACUGAGGGGAUUGACGAAUACGAAGAUCUUUUGGACUCUAUCGUCGAUGACGCUGACGUACAAGAUUCAGCAAUGGUAGACGAUGAAUUUCGAUGGAUUAUGGAUAAUCACAGUGAAAUUUCGGCAUUCGACAAUAUACUUAGUGAUGAUGAAGGUGUGCCAGACCAUGAAUUUGAUGAUCUACUUCUUGAAGUUGACGACGAUGCCUAUGAGUCACUGUUAAGCGGUGAAGAAAUGGAAAGAUUGGCAAUAGAGUCGGAAUCCGAGGAGAUUUUUUUCGGCCACCGUUGGCAACUUGAGGAUGAAGAACAAUAUCACGAUUUAUUGUUAGUCGUUAAAGACUCGGGUCAUGACGAAUUGUUGCUUGAGGAGAAAUCCGGUAUAUUGGAGGAAUGUUUAUUAUACAACAACGAUGAACUGCUGGUAAUUUGA